AAACGAGACUUUGUUUUGACAAUUUGAUCGGGGGAAAUGACAUUUGAAACGUCAUCAAAUUAAUUCCAUAAUUGUUCCUAAUUUCCCCCGUCAGUUGGCAGACGAGAGCCGCUCUGCACUAAGACCUGCCGACUUGAGGGAAGAAGAUUUGAUUUUGGAUCUUUUCGUUCCAAGUAAAUUUGAAAUUCUGAGUUGGGUCUGCUCUCGGCCGGUUUUGGUCUUGAUCUUUUGGCUACGAUUCGACGUGUCCUCUUAAUUCCGGAUUAAAAUUUGCAAUCGAACGCGGUCGAACAGGUGAAAGUACAUUGAAAAGUAGACUUGUCCGAGGGUCAACUUGGUUGUUUUGGGAGCGACCGCGGCAGAAAAUAAGUUUGAGGCAUUGUAGCAGUUCCAUUGGAUUCUCGUGGGUGGAUAGUUGCGGAAGGAGGAACUCGCAGGCACAAUGGGAGAACACACCAGCCCGGUUAAGUAUUUCCUGUGUGGAGGAUUCGGCGGGAUCUGCACGGUUCUGGCCGGUCAUCCUCUCGAUACGAUAAAGGUCCGUUUACAAACAAUGCCCACACCAGCUCCCGGCGAACAACCUAUGUUCAAAGGAACAUUCGAUUGUGCCGCCAAAACGGUGAAACGCGAAGGCUUUCGUGGCCUAUAUAAAGGAAUGUCGGCACCGUUGACCGGUGUCGCACCUAUUUUCGCAAUCAGUUUCUUUGGUUUCGGUUUAGGUAAACGCCUUCAACAAAUUGGCACGGAUCCGAGCGAUAAAUUAACUUAUGGACAGUUGUUUUUUGCGGGUGCUUUCUCCGGUGUUUUUACUACUAGCAUAAUGGCACCAGGUGAAAGAAUCAAAUGCUUACUACAAAUCCAACAAGGUGGUGAUCAACCAAAAAAAUAUGAUGGUAUGGUAGAUUGUGCCAAAAAAUUGUACAAAGAAGGGGGACUGCGCGGUAUCUACAAAGGAACAUGUGCAACGCUUUUAAGAGAUGUUCCCGCUAGUGGUAUGUACUUCUUGACGUAUGAAUACAUACAGGAUAAGGCUAAGGAGCGCGCCGGCCCUGACGCUAAAGUCGGUUUGCUCUCUACCAUAUUUGCUGGUGGCAUGGCAGGUAUAGCAAACUGGGCGGUGGGGAUGCCUGCAGAUGUUUUAAAGAGUCGACUACAGACUGCACCGGAAGGAAUGUACAAAAACGGUAUCCGUGAUGUUUUCAAAGAAUUGAUGCGUAAAGAGGGACCCUUGGCCUUAUACAAAGGUGUAACUCCUGUUAUGCUUCGAGCGUUCCCCGCCAAUGCAGCUUGCUUCAUUGGUUUCGAAGUGUUUAUGAAAUUUUUAAAUGUAGUCGCACCUAAUCUGUAACAGGUAGUGCCUACUUAAACGGAAUUUAUUAAAGUUAGGGAAACAAUUUAAAAAAUGCAGGUCGUCAAACGUACAGUUGUUUCUAGUUUUUGGUUAUAUUUUUAUCCGGAUGUUCACAUUUUAUUCGCAAAAUUUUAUGAAAUAAAAUUUUUCUAAUUUUAUACAAGCGGA